AAAUUUUGGUUUUUUCUUCGGCAAUUCCGAUUCUUAAGUUUUGAAAAUGAACCUUGGAGUGAAGAUGGUGCAGAAGAAGAUGGCUGUACUUUACCAUUAUCCUUGCCAUGACGGUGUUUUCGCCGCUUUAGCCGCUCAUCUCUACUUCUCAGCAAAUUCGAUCCCUUCACUGUUCUUCCCCAACACAGUCUACUCUCCAAUCACAAUCAGCCAACUUCCACUUCAAGAAAUCAGCCAUUGCUAUCUUCUUGAUUUCACUGGACCUCCUGGCUUCGUUCACCAGCUCUCUCCUGAAGUAGACAAUGUCGUGAUCCUCGAUCACCAUAAAACCGCUAUUGAGAGCUUAGGUGAUGUCUCUUCCACUUGCAAGAACGUUACUAGUGUUUUGGAUAUAGGGAGAAGUGGUGCCACCAUUGCGUUCGACUAUUUUACUCAGAAGCUGAUUGAAGAAUGCAGAGGAAGUUGCAAGGAGAUGAAUGAUUUCAAGAGAAUGAGACGUGUUUUCGAGUAUAUUGAAGACGCUGAUAUAUGGAAGUGGGAAUUACCAGAGAGCAAAGCAUUCAACAGUGGAAUCUUGGACUUGAAGAUCGAGUACGACUUCAAUCUGAACCAAUCGUUGUUUCAGCAGCUACUCUCAUUGGACCAUGAAACUGUGAUCAACAGAGGGAAACAGAGUUUGUCUAAGAAACAUAAACUGAUUCACGAGGCGUUGGAACAGUCGUAUGAGAUUGUUCUUGGAGGUGACGAAGGGUUUGGACGGUGUUUAGCUGUAAAUGCAGAUGAGAUUGCAGAGCUCAGAAGCGAAUUAGGGAAUCAACUGGCAGAGAAGAGUAAAAAUCUGAAAUUUCGAGGUAUUGGAGCUGUUGUUUACAGAGUUCCUGAGCUUGAGGAUGAGAACAAACUGAAAAUUAGUUUGAGGAGUGUUGCAGAAGAAGACACAACACCGGUUUCUCAGAGAUUUGGAGGUGGUGGUCAUAAGAACGCAAGCUCCUUCUUGUUAAGCUCCAUUGAGUUCGAGCAAUGGAAGGUGAAUAGAAACUCUUUCAAUACAUUAAGCUAGAGAUGUUGUAUGGAUUAACCAUUUAGCUUUUUAUGGAAUGCUUAUUUAAACCAGUGUGGUUUACGGUAUUGCCAAUUUGGUAACAGGAACCAUGUAAACUCAGAUUGACUUUGAAUCGGUUUAUAUGAUUUUUGUUUAAGUUUUGAUUCCAA